AUGAGUGCCUCACAACUCCUCCUCCUCGUGUGUUCCUUUGCCGUCUACAUAACCGCAAUGACUUGGCUCCUCUAUUCCUACCGCGAGGGCCAACGGACGCUGUACCAGCGCCUCGAGAACUGCCCCCUCGGCACCUUCACCGCCGACGGGCUGCAAGCCAAGCUCGUCUCCCUGGAGAGGGGCGUGGGGCGAGUUCGCUUGCGGGAGUGGUGUCCAGUCUUCAACCCGACUGAGCGGACGCCCCUCAGUCUCCAUGCCGCGGACGAACUGUCCGUGACGUGUCCCAUCUGUCUCGACGAGAUCCAACCCGACGACUUUGUGCAUUCCCUUGCAUGUCGCCAUAUCUUUCACGAAAAGUGCCUGCGGUACUGGUAUCUGUACAACAACAACAAGUGCCCGCUGUGUCAGCGGUCGAUUCUUUUCGUAUCGGAUGUGCGGGAGGAAGGAACAGCUUCGGUAUAA